AUGAAAUCAAAGGAGUUAAAACAACUUUUGGAAGUAGUGUUUCUUGUUUCCAUUGGCCUGACACAUUAUAAGGCCAUGGCAGAGAGAGCUGUUCUCUUGAAUAAAGACAAAAAUGCACCCUCUUCCUGGCAAUGGUUGACCCGUUUUGAGUUCGGCGUAUGGAGUGGGUGGUCCCAGGAUGGAAUCAGUGGAUCUUACGCUGUGUGCGAUCUUUCAGAAACGAGAACUAAUCAUACAAACAGCUGGCUGAUCUCAGAGUAUGUUGACCUGCAGGGAGCAAACGAAGUUCGACUCGGGCUUACAUUCAUGGUUGGAAAGUGUCCGGCUGAACUUAACUUUUGCAAAGAGAGCUUCAGCGUUUACGCGCUUCAAACGGAAGGGCCUUUUGCAAGUGGCGUAACUAAGCGCGAUAUUGAAUCCGGUAAUUUCACAUUUGUGGAAACCGUCAAUGCCACCAAUCUUUGGACGCAACAGGAUCCUUCCCAAGUCAAUCAAGUUAAUUUGACUUUAGCUGUUAAUAGUUUCGGCAUCUACUUUGGGUUUCGAGACACAGGCGCCUGCCUAUCGCUUACAUCUGUUACUUUGUCAUACUUAUACUGUCCAACAGUUGUCAAUCAGGGAAUUGUCUUCCAAAAGAUUGCUGCGCCUUCGUCGAGCCAGCAAAACACUACUGUCAAAGGCAACUGUUCUGAAAAGGCAUCGCCAUAUCCAAGCAACAGCACACUCUCUGUUACGUGUCUUAGUUCUGGUCAAUGGAUGAUGGACAGUCAGGUCACAUGUCAAUGUUCAGUUGGAUAUGAAUUAGUGGGAGACAAGUGCGUCGGAUGCCAGACAGGCCGAUAUAAAGCGUCAAUUGGUAAUGACUUUUGUGCUACAUGUCCUGCUAACAGUGCACCUGAUCCUAAUCAUAGUUCUUGCAUCUGCAAUAAUGGAUUUUACAGGGCCCCUGAGGAUGCUGUGAGUGAUGAUUGCACAGCCCCUCCUUCAGAGCCCAAAGAUAUCAACAUCACAGAACUUACAGACAGCAUUGUGGUGGUUGCAUGGUCUCCGCCUGCAGACAACGGAGGGCGUAAUGACGUUAAAUACGACGUUCAAUGUACUACUUGCUCAAACUCUGGUUCAUGUUCAAAAUAUUGUAACGGUGCACAGUUCUGGCCUGGUUCUGUAGACCUACCCUCGCUCCAAGUGACGAUAACUGGUCUCAACUCAGAUACGGUCUACAAUAUAUCUGUGAUUUCCAAAAAUGGCGUCAGUGGUCAGGGAGGAAUACAAUCUCUUCAACGAUUGCACAAGACUUUCUCUAUAAGAAAGAAUGCAGAAACAACUACUAGUCCCGGAACAACCACCGCCGUGAUGGAGAAUUUUACGACGACGGAAACACGUCCGGUUUUAGGCACUGCAGGCUCUCAAGUAUCUACCGCUAUCGGCAUUUCUGUGACUGUCACCUUUCUCGUCUGUUUCAUAAUAGCAGUCGUGGUUUUCUUCUUCCUGAUGAAAAUUUUCAGAAAAAGACUUUUCGACAAGGAAAGUGUUCAGAGUUCCUCAACCCAGCUGACUGAGUUCUCGAGGAGUGAAACCCCAUCAUCGAAUAUGCAGUCGGUUGUUACUUCAGAAGAUCCUAAGGAGAACGAUAAUAGCCCGGAAACCUCGCAGCCUGCAGAUAAGGAAAAAGUUAGUCGCAAUUUCACAGUUCCACUUAUCAAAAUCAAAGACUUUGAGUCUAAUUCGAGGCCGAAUUCUGCUGGAAGCAGUCACUCCAGUGUGCCCAUUCUGCCCAUUCUGCCCCAAAGAAAAAAUAGGAUUCUUCCCCAUAUUGACUGGACGCCUCCGCGGUCCAUAACGCCCAUGUUGCUCCCAAGGAGAAAGGACUCACUACAGAUGGAUCUUGAUGACAGCCUAAGGAAGGGGGACUCAUUACAAGUGGAUCCUAAUGACAGCCCAAGGAAGUCCCCGGAGGGUUCUGAACGUGCCAAAAUCGAAGUAGAACGGAGUGCGUCCGUGAACAGCUGGUUUCCAGCAGAAGAAGUACAAGUUAAUGUCUGAGAUAUCCAUCGUCCUGUACUGUCCUAUGUCCUGUGGAUUCAAAUCAAAUUGCUAACAAUAGAGUCCAAUCGGCUGUUUUGUUUUUCAAAAAUUGUUUGGCUGGACCGUUUAAUCGGUAAAUGAGGAAGAUAAAUUCUGAAAGCUGAAAGAGCUGGUUCUGGCCUAAGUAACCACGUCUUCUAUGAUAACACUACUCAGUUUUCAUGCUAUCAAGCAGACUAUUCACUGAUGCGGGGAAGUCGUUUUGACUGCCAAAUGUUGUAAUGACAGUGCAAGAGUAAUACUUUUAGCUUCAGUGAAAGCUCGCGAGACAAGACAACUAUCAUAUGCGUCCUUUAAAAAGCUGAAAUACUAGCUGUUUUAUUUGCACUAAACCUAUAUCAAAAUUGUCAAUAUCCAUCGCUGGAAAUCAUCAAUGAAGAGUGUAGUUUACGUAUAAUAAGCAUACCGCCUACGUUAUUGUUUUUCUUAUGAAUAAGAAAGAAGACCUGAGAUGCUGCAUUUGUACAAUGGCAGGUAGCUCACUCGGGAAGUUGGCAGGACCCUUCAGGGGUCAAGUGCAUUUACAUAAGUUCUUAAUGAACAGUUUGAAUGGUACACGAGAAUUAAUGAAAGGC